AUGAUUGCGAUUGCACUUUGUUCUAUGGGUGUUCGUGGUGUAUCGGUUCAACGGCUCCUGCAGCAUGCCUUGAUUAUAGGGCGCAUUGGUGGACAGAAUGUCAAUCGUGCACGUGACGACCACGCCGAUAUGGAAGGUUGCAUAG